UGUAGUCUCUGAAUCAAUUGCAUUUUGUGAAUCCGGUUCAUACACAAAAAAAGCUUACAAAUCUGGUGGGUAUAAGUUGGGUAGCAUCAUUUUGCCCGAAGCCUAUCUCUAUCCUCCACGACUGGAUAGAACAGGUCGUUUGUGUAACAGUUUUCCCCCAUAGUAUAUUUUGAAACACCGAAAUUUGGAAAAGAAAGAAAGAAACGGAUAACCGUUGGCGAUUUUUGCAGGAAAUUUAGCACUGCAGCAGACAUCUAUGACAACGGCGGUGUUGCAAUAAAAUCGAAGUGCCUGUGCAAACAGUUGAACAAUUGAAGAAUUUUAUGUGAAAUUCGAAUAAAAAUGGUGAGUUCCAAGGACGCGUCUGCCACGGAUAGCGACAACUCUCCUGGCGUCCGGAUCUCGAAUUCCAGCCUAUACUCCGAAGGAGAAAAGGUUCUCGCUUACCAUGGCCCUCGCAUCUACAAAGCUAAGGUCCAAAAAUCUGAGCAUAGGGAGAAUGAAUGGAGAUAUUUUGUUCACUACUUGGGGUGGAACAAGAAGUAAGUAUAGUAUAUCUCAUGUGUUUUGACUGCAACAGUUUCUAGACUACCACUUUCAUUCUGAUUUUCAAGUUGGGAUGAGUGGGUCGGCACUGAUCGCUUGAUGAAACUUACAGAUGAGAAUAUAAGUAAGCAACAGGCCCUUGACAAGAAGCAGGGAGUGGAAAAAAAUGCAAAACAAGGGCGUUCAUCACAGCCAAAACCUAGAAACUCAGCUGAUCCAAGAAAUGAAAAAGAUGAUACUAUUAACAAUGAUCUAAAUGUUGAUAAAGAGGAAACGAAGGCCAACGUUGCUAAAGGGAAAAAGCGGAAGGCUGAUUCGGCUACAGAGAAGGGCAAUGCAUCUGCUGAGAAACUCAUUAAAAUUCAAAUUCCAUCAACUUUAAAGAAGCAACUUGUGGAUGAUUGGGAGUUUAUUACUCAGAAGAACAUGCUGGUAAAACUUCCUCGAUCUCACACUGUUGAUGAUAUGCUGACAAAGUAUCUUGAAAUCCGAUCAAAAAAGGAUGGAGUUAUGGCUGAUUCAGUUGGAGAAAUUAUCAAUGGCAUAAGGUCAUAUUUUAACAAAGCAUUGCCGGUUAUACUUUUGUACAAAGAGGAGCGCCAACAAUAUCACGGCAUAGUUUCAGAUAAUGUCUCUCCAUCUAGUGUAUACGGUGCUGAACAUCUGUUACGCCUAUUUGUAAAGUUGCCUGAGCUACUUGCUUGUGUGAAGAUCGAGGAGGAGACUUUAAUUAGCUUGCAGCAGAUAUUGCUGGAUUUUCUCAAGCAUCUGCAGAAGAAUCAGAGUGCCUACUUCCUAUCCUCUUACGAAGGGGGUACCAGGUCUAAAGACAGUGCAAGGUCUAAAGACAGUUGACCAACAAAUGCUUGACUCUGCCUCUGUCAUAAUUCCCCAUUUGUUGUUGUGAAAUGUUAUUUAGAUUAGUUUUAAGUAAAUGAUGUCUACUUUUUGUCUACAUCUUUGCAGAAUUGCAGCAGCCGAUUUACCCCGUUUGUACCAAUCACAACCAUUCUAUAAACCCAUUGGCACAAUUCUAUUCUUUUUUAACGACAAAUAUUGUUUUCAUAACAAUUACUGGGUUUCAAGACAUGUGUUAUAUGUAUUUCUUACCAACCCCUUUGUGGGUCGUGUGUACAGUUGAGGCAAGAAGAGGCAGCCGAAUGGGCCAGCUUUAAGUUAUCCACUUUCCUUAUUAUUUUCAAUAUUUAUUAUUAUUAUUAUUAUUAUCAUCAUC